UAGUAAAAUUGCAUCCGGUAUUUUGACCCGCAUUAGGCUAGAGGACUGAGAAACAAUCACCCCUUCCACUUCGUUAUCUUACGCAAUGUAUGGACGUGUCUGGUCUAGACCAAACAAUCUAUAAAAGGAGAUGUUCUUUGGGAUAUGGUAGCGUUUUUGCCGAGACAACGAAAUGUCAAUUAUCAGACCAGUCAUGCGAAUGUUGUGCGUUUUGGCUGCAACUACUGCGUACAUGAUUCCAGACACAAUGGUUAACGCUGUUUCCAUUCACCAAACGACCACUCCUACUGAUCAGUUGGCGAUGCUCACAAAACAAAGGAAUGAUUUGGAAAACAUGCAUUCAAAUGAUGCCAACGAAAUUUCUCGACUGAACCAGAAAGUAGAAGAACUACAACGUUUUCGCAUCGUCGAUUUAGAGAGGACUUCCAUGCUGACUCGGAGGAUAGAGGAAUUGGAGCGUAAAAGGGACGACGAUGUGCAGGCUGCGAACAACAUAACUCCAGCUAAAGACGAAGCACUGUAUCACAACAUCAGUGGUGCAACACCUGAUGGAACGACGAGAAAAGAUGAAGCUCGUUCGGCAUAUGUAAGUCAAUCGAGCCCUGAAUCACGUGACAGUUCUAGUAGGAUCCAGUAUGGACGUUACAGAAGAGUUACACGCACCGGUGUGUCAAACGACGUUGUGGCAUUUCAUGUUAUCCUGACACACACAAUAUCCGACCCAUCCACAAACCAUCCAGUAAUAUAUGACCAUGUCAUCACCAACACCGGAGGCGCCAGUUACAAUGCUUACACCGGCGUCUUUACUUGCACCCAACCGGGAGUUCACGUCUUCUCUUGGUCGAUAUUUGAAGCAGGCCAUCAUUACAUUUUUACUGAUUUAGUACGUAACAACGCUGUCAUAGGAUCAGCCCAAACUGGCCAGGAUACAGGUUUCUCCAUUGCUAGCUCUGCAACAGUAACUGUACAUUUGGAGGGCGGAGAUGUAGUUUGGGUUCGUGUGAAUGGACACGGGGCUGGCUCUGAUAUACUACCUAAUCUAUCAAUGUUUACUGGCUUUCGCCUCUGAUCACAUAUCUCUGUGGAUAUAGUGAAUAAAAAAUGACGAAGCUGAAA